AUGGCCUACGAAGAGGGCAUGUUUCAUCCUGUCAAACUGGGCGAUCAACUUGAAGAUGGCAAAUACACUAUCAUAAACAAACUUGGAAACGGCUCAUUCUCGACAGUCUGGCUUGCACACAAUUCCAGGACAGGGAAGAAGGUUGCUGUCAAGAUUUGUAUUCCUAAAAGUGAAGAUUUACCGACUGGAAACGAGACUGGUAUCUCCAAGGUACUGCAUGGCGACUCAAUCCAUGAUGGCCAUCGCAUGAUAGGCUGCUAUGACGGCGCCUUCCUUCACCAUGGACCCAAUGGGACACACGAAUGCCUCGUGAGCGAGCCGACACGUGCCACGAUAUCAGAGAGCAAGUUCAGAGGAUUCACUUUCUCUACGCAGGUUGCACGAGCGCUGGCGGCACAACUGGUGAUCGGGGUAGCCUACAUUCACUCAAAGCGUAUUGUGCAUGGCGAUCUCCACGGAGGAAAUGUUAUGCUGGCUUUGCCGGCCGGCGAGCUUGCUUCCCUGACCGUGGAAGAAAUCUACACGAAGUACGGGAAACCGACCAUUUUACCCAUUGACCUCUGUGUGGAGUCAACCGAUUUUCAUGAAGAGUAUCCUUUGCCCAAGAACGCGCCCCCAUCCAUGCUGUGGAAGAUGAGACUCACGCGGGGCUGCGAUGAUCUAGAGCUGUCGGAGGCGCGAGCACAAAUCAAGGAUUUUGGAGAGUCAUGGCAACCGGAGCUAGAGACACGAUAUGAACUCAACACACCUGAGAAAUAUCGAGCCCCAGAAGCAAUCAUUGCCAAGAAGCUGAAAAUCCCCAUCAGCUAUCCUGCUGAUAUUUGGGCGCUGGGAUGCUUCAUCUACGAGCUUUACGCAAGGAUGGACAUCUUUGCUACAUACACUCCCAAUCACGAUGAAGUCUUUGCUACAAUGGCCAAGAUGAUGGGCAAGCCCCCAGCAGCGUGGUGGGACGCCUGGGAAGACCGUGAAAAGCUCAUCGGCGAUGACUUGAACUUUCUCCACCAAGGUGUGCCGAUAAAGACUCUCACAGUAUACAAUGAGAAAGGGGAGGUCGUGCCUCAGCCUUCUCCGCAGGCCAUCACAAUCGAAUCACAGGUGUUAAAGGAGAUUCCUGAAGACCGAGGCAUGAACAGAAUCCCCGAAGAGAGAAACAUUGUACCAGAGGAGGAUUUACAGGAUUUGAAAACAAUGCUGCAGAGAAUCUUCCGCUGGAAGCCCGAAGAAAGAGUGACUGCAGAGGAGCUAAUGGGCGACCCAUGGAUGCAGAAAUGGGGCAUCCCAGCGAAGGAAGCCAUGGAGGAGGCUUACGAGAAGAGGCGCAAGGAGCACGAGAAGCCCCCGUUCUUGUUGAAGUCGAUGGCCAUUGGUUUAGCGGUUAGCACUCUCGACAGACUAGCCUACAUGCUGUCUGUAUUGUCUCCAACUUUUUGGUGGCGCAAUCUGAAGUGGGCUUUGGGGGCAUGA